AUGACCUCCGUCCUCGCCAACGUGCGCACUCAUUUUCCGCAGUCAGGCAUGUCGAACGAAUCGCGUUUCCAAUAUGCCGACCUCUCCAGAUCCAUGCCUCCCACCUUCUCUUCCUCCUCUUCCUCGGCCUUGAAUCAGGCCAACUCGGUGGCCUCCUCCAGCACCUUGGCGCUCGCCGCUGCCACCCCUGCCACCAGCACCAUGUCCUCAGCGCCCACCUCGUCCGACACUCCCCUGCUUUCACAGACGUCUCCGUACGACCAAUCCGCGUCCACCUGCGUACCCAGCACUCUUUACUCGGCAGCCGCCAUCCCAUCCUCCCAAGGCCUCGAUGCUGUGCUAGGCGGAUACGCUGCUACCAAUGCGCUCGCAGAUCUCUCGGCUUCGUGUCCGCCUGAAGGUCCUUCCUUCUCCAACCCAAAUUUCGAUGCUGAUCUCGCCGCCGCUGCUGCCUUUGCUCCGCUUUUUGGCGCAGGGGAUGCGCUAGGCCUGGAUGCAUCAUCAGCGCCGCUAUCCUUCCCAGUGCUGCCAGCUUCUCUCCUCGACGAGGCGCCAGAAUACGAAUACUCCACGCACACACGGCUCAAUGUCUUCGAGGCCUCCGACUACGGCGGCAACAUCCCCACCUUCACCUUCGCCGAGGACGGCACUCCAUUGCUCGACGCCACGACAGAAUACGGCCUCUGGUCUAGCGGACUCGAUGUCGAUGCGGGCCAACCCAUGGCAUCCUCUCUCUUCGCAUACCCAGACGACGGUCUCUCUUACCUUGACAACAACGGCCUCCAGACACAGCCACGCACGGCAGCACAAUUCGACCUCGCAUCACGGACGGACGGCUCGUUGAACGUCAACGCCGACUCCUUCCUCGCGCCUCGAAACACUCUUCCUCUAGCGUCUACAAUCGCAGUCGGCGAAGCAUUCCUUGGCAGUGAUGCAUCGGCGAUGGCCAUCCUGCCCGGCUCGUCCGCAGACAGUGCUCCUUCUGUCCUUCACCCGGGGCCAGCACCCAACCAAUUGCAGCAGCGACAACCACAACAAAUUGGUCUCAACAGCGACGAGCUGUUUGAUUCUCAAGCCGGUCCUUCUCGUGGACUGCACAGGUCUCGAGAGGCACUCGCCAACGCCAACUCUCCAUAUGGGCGCGGUCGUCCGUCACUUCAAGCGCAUCGCAGCUUCAACAAUCUUGGUGCGGCCGCCGGUGUCUCUCCGCCAGAGUUCAACUCGGAGCUUCGACGACUAUCGACUCCAGGUCUGGUGGCAGGUGGUGCGGGCCCAGUUCGAGCUCCUAACCGCGACCCUUUGGUGCCUAGCCAGAACGUCGGACGUGCGCGUCUGAUGAGCUGGCAGAGCGGCAAUGCGCACACUGGCGAGCAAGAGUGGCAGUCCAACGGCUUCCCGGAUCCCAGCCUUGGCGUCUCUGGCGAUCCUGGCUUUGGUCCGCGAGGACCGCAGGCGGCAGCGGAUGGGAUGGCAUCCAACGGCAUGCCCAUGCAUCCGGCUGGCAUGAUGCCCCCUUCUCGAUCUUACAGUUACGGCAUGCAGCAUUCCUCGUCCGGCUUCAUGCCGCAAUCAGGCAUGCACCCUCACCAGAACGACAUGAUUAACGCGCUUGGAGACGCCAUGGACGCCCGCAUCGACGUUGACGGCAUCGCCAAAUGCCCUUACCCGAACUGCAACAAGACGUUUGCCAAGAACCGCUCGUACAACCUCAAGGCCCACUUGCGCUCGCACUCGCAGCUCAAGCCGUUCGCCUGCGCCGUCUGCCCACGCGCCUUCUCGCGCAAGCACGAUCUUGAGCGUCACAGCCGCGUGCACUCCGGCGACAAGCCGUACGUCUGCGAGAUCUGCGGAAAGGGUUUCCCGCGCAGUGACGCGCUGCGCAGGCACUGGAGGGUCGAGAAAGAGUGUGGUGACAAGGCGGCAGCGCUGGAAGCGAGUCAAUCGCUGACGGGCAUGAUGGGCGAAGGAGGCUACCACGACAGGAGCCCCGAUGAGCAGGAUCAUCCUUCGUAUCUCCAGGCUCACCAGCAGCCGCAACAGCAGCUGCAGCAAGGUGGCAGCGGGUCUGGCAUGUAUGGCCAACAGCAACAGCAGCAACAGCAACAGAUGCAGCAAAUGCACCAGCAACAGAGGCCGCAACAGCCGUACGGUCAGCCCAUGCAGCCGCAGCAGCAGUUCCCAAACCAACAGCAGCAGCAACAGCGGUCCUGGGCUGACCAGCAGCAGCAGGCUUUGAGACGAUAG